UCUCCAGGUGCUCUGACAUGUUCUCCCUGUGUCAGCGUGGGUUUCCUCCAGGUGCUCUGACAUGUUCUCCCUGUGUCAGCGUGGGUUUCCUCCAGGUGCUCCCACAUGUUCUCCCUGUGUCAGCGUGGGUUUCCUCCAGGUGCUCCCACAUGUUCUCCCUGUGUCAGCGUGGGUUUCCUCCAGGUGCUCCCACAUGUUCUCCCCGUGUCAGCGUGGGUUUCCUCCAGGUGCUCUGACAUGUUCUCCCCGUGUCAGCGUGGGUUUCCUCCAGGUGCUCUGACAUGUUCUCCCUGUGUCAGCGUGGGUUUCCUCCAGGUGCUCCCACAUGUUCUCCCUGUGUCAGCGUGGGUUUCCUCCAGGUGCUCCCACAUGUUCUCCCUGUGUCAGCGUGGGUUUCCUCCAGGUGCUCCCACAUGUUCUCCCCGUGUCAGUGUGGGUUUCCUCCAGGUGCUCCCACAUGUUCUCCCUGUGUCAGCGUGGGUUUCCUCCAGGUGCUCCCACAUGUUCUCCCUGUGUCAGCGUGGGUUUCCUCCAGGUGCUCCCACAUGUUCUCCCUGUGUCAGCGUGGGUUUCCUCCAGGUGCUCCGACAUGUUCUCCCUGUGUCAGCGUGGGUUUCCUCCAGGUGCUCUGACAUGUUCUCCCUGUGUCAGCGUGGGUUUCCUCCAGGUGCUCCCACAUGUUCUCCCUGUGUCAGCGUGGGUUUCCUCCAGGUGCUCCGACGUGUUGUCUUCGUGUACUCAGUAUAUCCCAAUAUUGCAAUGACCUCAGUGACCUCAGAAGUGUGAUAAUAUCCCAUCCUGACCAUAUAAACUAGAACAUGAUCUUUUUCUAACCAUAACCAGGCAGUUAUUCAGCUUAAACCUGAUCACACAUCAUCCACAGCAUUCUCACCACUGAAAACUGAAACUAAAAUUAAAAUGUAAACAUAUCUGCUGCAUAUGAAGUGAACAAAACAUACCUAUUGUCUAAAGAAACGAACAGUCCCAACAUUAAUCCUGGUGACUGAGCUGCGGUCACAUUUAUCUGUGUCAUUUUAAUGUGGAGCAGGUCCUGUCAGUCAAAUCAAACAGUGUUUCAUCGUCUGGAUGAAACUCUGUGAGAAUCUUUAUUAACCUGAGCAGAUAUCUGAACGUUGUCUGUGUUUAUGAGUUCAUCAUCUUUAUCUCUGAGAUCAUUUUCUGAGCCUCUGA